UUUGGUAAUGGAAAUUUCGAAUUUCGUAUCUUUUAAAUGCUUUUUCAAAUCAUCUACAUUGUUUCCGUUUCUUUAAAACGUUUCUAAAAAACUUGAAAAUUUUUACGGACAUGAACAAUUUUUAGAACAUAAUCUAUUAAAUUCUGGAAUGUUUAUAAAAGUGAAUUUGACAGAACAUUAGAUAUUUUUAUUUCAUGAAUAAUAGCACAUAAAACAAUUAUUAAUGGUGUUAUUGAUGUGGAACAACCUUCGAUUGAUUUAAUUGUACUUCAGUACUCAAACUGAGUUAAUGAUGUUAUGUUUUACGGUUGUAGCAUCUGGAUACUAAGAAUUAAGAAUUGAAAUUACAGAAUAAUCGGAAUAAUGAGAAAAUGUGUACAUAUUCUACUUGUUACAAGUUGCAUCAAAUUCAAAUAAGGUACAGAUGAUGUCGGCGGUGAGCGGGGAACCGUUGUUACGCAGAGUGAAGCAGGAAGCCGAGCCACCGCCGCAAUACUCUCCUUCAGAGCAACACCGACCCAUGCAGCUCUUGGAGCCGUGUAAUCUUGAACUAGAACCUAAAGAAGAAGUCAGGUUCUGUGUGUCACCCGGUGAGGGUGGUAUAGUGGGCAAUACGAGCCCGGAACAGCAACACUGUUCGUCGACAACAGCUGCAGCAGCGAGCGGCGCCAGAGAUGAUGAUGCGCCGCGCAGACUUUGCCUCGUGUGUGGGGAUGUGGCUUCGGGCUUCCACUAUGGUGUCGCCAGCUGUGAAGCGUGCAAGGCAUUUUUUAAGAGAACCAUACAGGGCAACAUAGAAUACACGUGUCCGGCGUCGAACGAGUGCGAGAUAAACAAGCGGAGGAGGAAGGCGUGCCAGGCGUGCCGGUUCCGCAAGUGCCUGCGGACCGGCAUGCUGCGCGAGGGCGUGCGACUGGACCGCGUGCGCGGCGGGCGGCAGAAGUACCGGCGCGCGCCCGACCAGCCCGCCGCCAACCAGCCGCGCCCGCAGCUCGACGAGAUCAAAGUGUUAGAAGCUCUGUCGUCUUACGAGCCUGAAUUACUCACAUGUGGUGCUCCGCCGCCGGGCGUGACGGACCCCACGGCCAGGACGUUGGCGCUGCUAGCGGACAUAUACGAUAGAGAGUUGGUGGGAGUCAUCGGUUGGGCGAAACAGAUACCCGGUUUCACGGACUUGGCGCUUAAUGAUCAGAUGCGGCUGCUGCAGAGCACGUGGGCGGAGAUGUUGAGCCUGAUGGUGGCGUAUCGCUCGAUGUGCGCGGGCGGCGCGCCUCGCUUGCGCUUCGCGGCCGAGCUCGCGCUGGACGAGCAGCAGGCGCGAGAUCUCGGCGCACACGACCUUUACCUGCAGAUAGCGGGCGUGUCGCGGCGCCUGGAGCGCGCGGGCGCGCACCGCGAGGAGUGCUACCUGCUGAAGGCGCUGGCGCUCGCCAACUCCGAGGCGCGCAUCGACGAGCACUCCGCGCUCAAGCGCUUCCGGGACGCCAUCCUCGCCGCGCUCAACGACGCCGUCUCCGCGCUCAGGCCGUACAACAACGCGAACACGGCGAUGCAGCAGCUGCUGCUGGUGCUGCCGGCGCUGCGGCUGGCCGACGUGUCGGUGCGGCGCUUCUGGGCCGGCGUGCACCGCGAGCGUCGCGCUCCCAUGAACAAGCUGUUCGUGGAGAUGCUGGAGGCCUGCCUGCGGUAGGCGCCCCCCCCCCACAUAUCACAGUGGCGUCGUCGAUGGAUUCGUUUGCCAUAUUUAAGUCUGCAUUUAGCGGUUCGGACGUGAUGUGAUAGUGUAUAUAUAUUUAUGUUUCGGCGGUCGACGUCUGUUUUAUGGCUGUGAAGUGGCGGAUCUUGGAAUUUUCGAAAUUCUGACUUUUCUCUGAUGUUGCACGACGUCGCGUCCCCGCGUCUUAUGUACAAAACGAUGGACGGAUCUAGUACAAAACUUGUUACUAUUUUUGUAUAAUAUUAAAAAUAUAUCUAGUUUUACGGUUUGGUGAAGUUUCGAGAUUAAAAUACGGUCGAGGAAAGAAUCGGAUUAGUCGGUCGGUAGCCGCUUACGUGUGAGUGAUGUUAUUGAAGUCGUUCGAAGUGUAUGGCUUGUAAAUAAUUCGCCGUAUUAAAUCUAACGCCGCUGUAUAGUGUAACCAUUUCGCGGCAAAGCCGAUAAAGUAUAUUAUAGAACGUAGUGGCAUUUUUUCCCCGACUGUAAAUUACUUGUGAAUUUCAUACGCGGUAGCCGUAUUCGGCUUUUCUAUUUGUUUUAUCGUUUAUUUCGUACGAAGUACGUUUUACACUUUAUUCACUGUUGUCGGUGUUCGCGGUUUGAUUAAUUCUUCAAAUCUGCACUUUGUAAUGAUACUUUUUAACCUGACUUAAAAUAUCUACAUCAGUUUAAAAACGAGUGACAUCCGGUCGGAACGAAGUGGCUUUCUCCUAUAUAUAAUGUGUUAAAUAACAGACGCAAUAAAAUAACUAACAAGUAUUGACAAUAAAAAAUAACAAUGACGAAAAUGUUAUUAAAAAUUCCGUGUAAAUUACAACAAUAACAACAGAAAGAGUUAAAAUAAUUUUAUACAAUAGAAGACGAAAGAAAGGCAUAACGUCCCCUUACGGGACGAUAUUUGCCAGUUCAAUUUAUUGUGAGUUACGUAAAAGAACUUCGUUCCAAAUCAGCUAUAUUUAUGGCGGGUUAACCCAACCAACCACAGACAGUAAUAAAGAAUAAAAGAAUCACUAUAGUCUUAUACUAAAUCAAUAUAUUUUUAGAGCUGUUCCACUUACCGUUUUAUAUAUGUAAUGUAUAAUUAAUGUCUAUAGAGUAUUUUUUGGAUUGUUGUAACGACUGUUUUACCAUCGAUGUAUGAAUUGCAAACAAAAAGAAAUUGUACAUAAAAAUGUUGUAUUUUAAGAGAAUAUAAAGUGGAACAGUAUUGUAAUACUGAAUACCUCAAUAAUCUGUUACCAUUCAGUCAUUUAUGAAGUAAAUAUGAAUUAUGAAAUAAGUGGAGUUUAUCGCGAUCGGUAAAGUAUCUUUUGAUGAUCUGAAAUUUUAGUCUAGAAUAUUUUAAAUCAUUUAUUAUGUAUUGAAUAGUUAUCGUUUAACAGAAAAUUAUGUACCUAAAUUGUAACGCAAUAAAUAGUAUGGUUUUUUGAAAAUAUUAUAAUUGUCAAUUAUGUAAAAUUUGAGAGAUUUUACUGAUCGUUGUAAAAAGCUAGUGUAUGCAAUUAUAAAAUUCGUCAAAGAAAAAUCAAAUCUUUGGACCUGACAUAAUCUAAAUUUUAUUUAUAAAACUUGAAUCACAAUAUAUUUUAGUCUAUGUCCGGAAAAAAGGUUUAUUUUGUAUAUAACAAAAAAUUUGGUACUCGUAUGUGAUUUGGAAUGUUGUCGAAACAGCUUGGUUGUUGAGAUAUCUCUUUGUAUAAUCUUAAUAAGAUGAUGUAGUGAUUAGGUAUAUAAAUAAUUUAAGAGUUAGGCGUUUUUACACAGUCGCAUUUUAAGAAGGUUUAUAUAUAUAUUUAUACAAGUAAUUAAUUUUAGCUUAGCCUGUAUGACCUUUUAAUUUGACGAAUUUUAUAAAUGUGUGUAUAAAACUUUAUCCUCGUUAAAAACGGUUAUGGUUAUUUCCAGUGAAUUAUUUAAAGCGUCCUGUUGUAGUUAUUCUUAUGUUAAGAAUAUUCGAUUUAUUUAUAAUUUGUAAUGUUCUCGCUGAUGCAGCGUUCGGUGUGAUAGAUGUACAAAAUGUGAGAUGUGCCAGAAUAGAUUUUAAGUUUUUCUUUUCAUUGUUUCCGCGGCGUGUUAGUACUAUCGAAAUAAUAUGAAACUGCGUACAAGCUACAAUAUUAUAAUUCUAAUAUUUGUGGAUGUAAGUGACAGACUUUGUCAUAGAUAAUGGUGCUGUUCUGCUUAAUACAAUAUUUUAGUGUAGUUCUAACGAUUUGGCAGGUCUUAAAGACUAAAGAAACAUGAGAAAAAUAUAGCAAUAUGUUUAGUACUGUCAAAUUGCUUUAUUUUAAGAUGUCGUGUGUCAAAGCAUCCGCACCAUUGUCCAUUUCAGUUAUUCAUUGUCAAAUAUCAAACAGAUGGUUAUAUUUAAAUGUUUUUCUAUGAUUCUAAAAAGUUGGCACCAUUUUGUUUAUGUGAGGACAAGAUGGCGCCGAGUAUUUCGAUAGUCAUGACCGACCAAUAUUAUUUGUACAGGACUUACAGCUGUCUCUUAUUUUUGUAAGAAUGAAUUGUAUGUUUGAAUACAAGAAGUUAUUGGAUUAUAUGAAUUGGUCUUGGAGAUAAUGUGACAUAAA